CCGUCAUGCGCCUCGCCGCCGCGCUGCACGAGGCCGACAAGCGACACCGCGAAACUAAUGACACACAACGCAAAAAGGGCGAAGGCGCGGUGUCGGUGGCGGGCGUGGGCGCGGUGGACCGCGCGGAGAUCGCGGCGCAGAUGGCGGCCGCGCUGGUGGCGGAGGGCCGCACCGACGUCUCGCCGCAGGAGCUGGAGCAGCUCAUCGACGCCGUGGUCGGAAUGGCUGAAGCGAAGAAACGAGAAAGCGAAGCGAAGAAAAAAAAUCAAUUAACAAGGAACAGCACAGCGAGUGGUUCCCGCGCCACCAGCGCCCUGCAGAUGCUGCAGUCUGCAUACGAUGACCCCAACGCCCCGCCGUUUAAAGACGACGCAUCGGAUGCAAUGGACGGCCUGUCGGACUCUGACCUGGAAACGCUGCUGAAGAACUUCAACGAGCUGUCUGCGGAGGAGCAGCACAGCCUCAUCGCCUACCUCAAGAAGCUGGAGGUGCGCGCGCCGCAGCGAGUGGAGAAGCUGCGCCGCUUCGUGGGCGCGGCAGCUGCGGGCGCGCCCUCCGCCGUAUACGAACUUGACGCGCCCUUCGCCCCCGCCGCGGCCUCCGCGCCCACAGACGACAACCUCGUCACCAUACACAGCGAUGAUGAUGACUAUACUGUAGAAGAAGUAUUUAAAUCGGCAACGCAAAAAGUCAAAGAGAAUCAAAUCCAACAGGAAAUGGAGAUUGUGAAAAAGUCUUUGGAAGAAUCGAAAACAGUAGAGGAGCCAGCCACGACUUCGGUCACCGUCACCAACACAUUGGGCAUAUCCUCCGCUGCUGACCUGCUUGCCUUAGUGCACGCCUCCAUACAGUCCAGUGCACUGGCCAAGACAGCUGAAGUCAGCCACACCGCUGAAGUCUCCACUAACAACCAACCCAGGUCCUUCGGAGACAUGCCUGAAUCAUCUGCUACAGUGGAACCAAUCAAACAGCUCUCAUCUCUUCCAUCGCAUGUAGCUUCAGAUUUUCAACAUCAGCAAUCUCCUAGCUAUCAAGGAAGAACCAACUCCCCUCACAGCCAAAAGAGCUUUGGAACUAAUGACUCCAAUGAAAAUUACAAUGAUAACAUGCAAGGUCAAAAUAAUCAAUCAUUGAUGGAUAUGCAGUCAGGAGUUACCAACACGCAGAAUAUGAUGCAGAAUCGGACUUACGCGGGAGAUAUGCAGCCGACGACCGACAGUAGACAGUUCUCAACAAACGAUAAUUAUCAGUCGCCGCAGUCGCCUUUCAUGAGUGACAGGCAACCCGUUCAAGGGAAUAGACCGCAAUUAAUGAGUGACAGAAAGACUUUCCAAGGAGGCCAGUCUUUAUUGGGAGAGUAUAGACAGACUCCGAUGGAAGAAGAUAGACAGCAAACAAUGGCCAAUGUUAGAUCACAAAUGGUAGACAAUAGACAACAAUCAUUUGCAGAUAAUAGGCAAACGUUAAUGAACGAUAACAGACAAGAUGAUGGCAGACAGUUUUCAAUGGAUAAUAGACAGGUCUUGCAGGCAGGGAAUCGCCCGCAAAUACAAUCUUUACUAGGAGUCAACAGACCGGCUCCGUUUGGAGAUAAUCAAACUCUGGUGGAUAACAGACAGUCCGCAAUGUCUGAUAACAGAUGGCCCGCGCAAACAGAUAAUGUGCAGAAUGAACAGAUGCAAAUUGGAUACGAUAAUUUUAACCAAAACCGGCCGUAUAAUAAAAGAGGCCGAGGCAAUUUUAAAAACAACUACAAUACACAAGACACGAAUCAACAGCAUUACAAUAACUAUCAGAAAAAUUCGAAUACAAACUUCAGAGGACGUAGUCGUGGCUUCCAAGGCGGGGGGAGGGGACGCGGCUUCCAGGGUGGGGGACGGGGACGCGGCAGAGGAGGGAUGUAAUAGUAUUCUUAAUAA